AUGAGUAUCCGGACUCCACCCACACUCCUGCGGCUGGCAGGAGAGAGCCUGCUGAGGGACCAGGCCUCAGUCAUCACAGCUCUGGAGUACCUGCCCGCUGAGCUCUUCCCGCUGCUGUUCAUUCAGGCCUACCGCAGGAGAAUUCGGGAGCCCCUGAAGGCCAUGGUGCACGCCUGGCCCUUCACUGUCCUCCCUCUGGGCUGCCUGUCACAGCUGUCACUGGACCAGGUCUUAAAAGCCGUGUUGGAUGGGCUGGAUGUUCUGCUUGCCCAGGAGGUUCGCCCCAGGAAGUCGAAACUGCGGGUGCUGGAUUUAAGGAACACGGGUGCCAACUUCUGGAGAAUGUGGUGUGGAGACAGCACCCGGAAUUGCUCACCUGCGGGACCAGUGGCUGUGCACAGCUCCAGCCCCAACACUGAGCACCCCUUGGAGGUGUUCCUAGACCUUAACUUCAAUGAAAGGGAUGGGGAUGAGUUUCUCAAGUUCAUCAUCCAAUGGGCCCAGCAGAGGGAAGGGUUGGUACACCUGUGCUGCAAGACGCUGAGGAUUUCUGAGGUGCCCUUCCAGCGGGUCGGGAAGGUCCUGGAUGGGGUGCAGCUGGACUGCAUCCAGGAGGUGGAAGUGAACUACACGUGGGACCUGCCCACCCUGGGGACGUUUGCUCUUUACCUGGGUCAGAUGCGUAACCUGCAGAGACUCUCUCUCUCCCACAUCCACGUGUUGACAGAGGAGGAGGAUGUGGAAGAGGAGGAGGAGGAAGAGCUGCAGCACCUCCGGGACCUCAAAAUGGAUUCUCCCUCCUUCCUCCAAGGCCGCCUGGACCAGAUGCUCAGGUGCCUGCAGACCCCCUUGGACAAACUCUCCAUAACAAAUUGCCAGCGGCUGACGCAUUCAGACCUGACAUGCCUGUUCCAGUGCCCGAACCUCAGGCAGCUGAAGUCCCUGCAUCUAUUUGGUCUCAGCCUCGCGGAUUUUAGUCCCGAGCCCCUCCGAGCUCUGCUGGAGGCAGUGGCACCCACCCUCCAGGACCUGGGCCUGGAUAACUGUGCGAUGGUGGACUCCCAAGUCGAGGCCAUCCUGCCUGUCCUGAGCCGCUGUCACCAGCUCAGGGACUUCACCAUCCCUGAGAACAACUUUUCUGUGGCCACUGUGGAGAAGCUGCUGCGCCACACAGCCGGGCUGCGCAGUUUAGAGCUCGAGCUGUACCCCGUCCCCCUGGAGUGUUACAGGAUCCAAGGGACUGUCAACCAGGAGAGACUUGCCCUGCUCCGGGCUGAGCUCAUGGGGAUACUGAGGGAGUUAGGACAGCCCAGGACCAUCUUUCUUGGCACCAAGUACUGUCACAAAUGUGGCAAAAGUAAAGUUUAUGAAGUGGAGUUUUCAUGA